GUCAUGAACAAUCGACGGCAGUGGGGAUUUUGAACGGAAUGUUUCUAUUUUCAUAAAUAGUAUAUUUCAAUGUAUUAGGAGGGGUUUGUUUACAUUCCUGAAUACGAUGGCCAAUCAAAGAGCGCUCCCUCAAAGCAAGGAGAGUCUUCUUCAGAACUACAACAAAAGACUGAAGGAUGAUAUCAGGUCGAUUCUAGACAACCUCACGGAAAUCAUCAAAACCGCAAAGGUAGAGGAUGAGACACAGGUCUCUCGGGCUACACAGGCUGAGCAGGACCACUAUGAGAUGCACGUCAGAGCAGCCAACAUCGUGCGUGCGGGCGAGUCCCUGAUGAAGCUAGUGUCGGACCUGAAACAGUUCCUGAUCCUCAACGACUUCCCGUCGGUCAACGAGGCCAUCAGCCUGCAGAACCAGCAGCUGCGCUCGCUGCAGGAGGAGUGCGACAAGAAGCUCACCUCGCUCCGUGAUGAGAUCGCAAUCGACCUGUACGAGCUAGAGGAAGAAUAUUACUCCUCCAGGUACAAGUAGGCUCAUUCUGCACAGUCGCAGUUCAUGUGGUCCACUCUAUCAUGACCUAUUGCCCCUAUUCCCCCUCACCUUCGUGCCUUAUGAAGAGUUGAUCUUACCCCACCACCUCAGUCCUUUAGUGUCUCUGUAUGUUGCGUCAACUUCAUUAGAAUAUCCAAAUGCUGGUUUCAACAGCAAAAUAGAUGGUUGAUCUAUGGGCAAAGUUCAUUUGCAGUACAUUCACCAUGAGAAAUCUCAUCUCAUUUGGUUGAAAAUUCAAUGAAGUGCCUUGUUUGUAAUGCCUUUUUUUAAAUGUAUGAUAGAUUGUAGGUCUCUACAUGGUAAAUGUUAUACCCAAUCAUAAGUGUGGUUCUAGUGUACACUAUAUACACAAAAGUAUGUGGGCACCCCUUCAAAUUAGUGGAUUCGGCUAUUUCAGCCACACCCGUUGCU